CCCAAGCUUAUUUCAGAGUUUGCGAUUUGCGGGAGGAGCAGCGAUUGUGUUGUAGUUAUUGGCGUUCGAUCGAUAUAGUGUUUAUGGAUGUUUCCGUUCUUUUGAGUUCUCUGUUGUCGGAUUUGGUGGCCAUUUGGUAGCCGAUCGGGGGCUAUUGGUUUCCGUUUCGCAGGGUCUCUCUGUCUGUAUUUGUGGGUGCGCAGUGGAAGCUCUCAAGAUUUCUCCGGGCACUGGAGGCAAUUGAGGAUCUCUUUUGUUGUCCGUGUGGUGAGAAGCUUGGUGUCGAUUAUCAUUGCAUGGUGGGAAACACAGACGAUGAGUCUUCUGCUGUGGAUAGCGAGUGUUCGGAAUUUUUCUUAGUUAGCGGUAUUUCUUGUCGCGGUAAUCGAGUCCUCGUCUUCUCUUCGGGUCUACUCUUCUUGAAUUGUCUGUAUCAGCUCAUCAUCAUGCCUCAGGAUAUGAGGGCCGCCUCCGCCGCUUUCGAUUACGUUACACCACAUGACACGGAUAAUCUUGAGGAAUUGGUGGAUAGCAUGACGAUGAUCAAAAGAUUGCUUGCAGGAUUGUCACAGAUGUAUAUGAUGGAGACACCCAUAAGUGUCCACAUCCCUCAGAAGUGUCUCAAGAUUUUGUCUUUCGAUGAUGAUAUCGGCCUAUCUCCUCUUCGGUUCCGUUCAUGCUGGAUCGAAACUAAGAUUCGACGUCAAGAGGAGUUCGUAACAUCUUAUUUGGAACCAAGCGUGGCACGAUAUUUUCAACUAGGUGUUCGCGAUGAUGUCAUCGAAAGAGUAACGACGGGAAUGGCUCUCCAUUCACUGAAACCACAUGCGCUCGUUACCCAGGCAAUCGAGGCAAUCAAUUUCCAGCGAAGCCUGCCUCCUCAUCCAGAACGAACUCCUUCUCUCCUGCUACAUUCUCAACUUCCAGCGACCUAUCAACGAAUCCCGCCUUUUCUCGAUUGCAUUCCUUCUCUCCUGAUGCAUUCUCAAAUUCCAGCGGCCUUCCAGCGAAGUCUGCCUCCUCAUCCAGAACGAACUCCUUCUCUCCUACUACAUAUUCUAAUUCCAGCGACCUUACAGCAAAUCCUUCUCUACCUGCUUACCUUCACAAUCUCCGUCCUCAAGUCCCAAAAAAUUCUGCGAAGUCACCAUGGCUGCCUUUUCGAAGUGUUCCUUCGUGGUGGGCAUUAAAAACUUUUCAUGCUUCUUUUUCUUCCAGUAUCCCUGGUGUAGCGGCACGUCUGUUGCGCGCAAGAGUCAGGUUUAUGAACUGGAAAGGCUUUCUGCUCAAAGUGAUACGAGCAAUGAAGUUAGUGCAGAUUCGAUCAACACUAGCACCGCAGUAGAUGACUUUAGAACCGCAGUAGAUGACUUUAGCACCGCAGUAGAUGACUGUAGCACCGCAGUAGAUGACACUGAGGAGAAUGACAAGCUAAGUUGGAUCUCCAAGUGGUCCAACCUGAUUGCUGACGAUGGCAAGACCAUCAUAAAUUUCACGGUGGCGCUUCUCUUCAGAUGGUUUAUCGCCGAGCCACGAUUCAUUCCGUCCCUAUCCAUGUAUCGAACCUUCUACAGUGGCGACUUCAUCAUCGCCGAGAAGGUUUCAUACUUCUUCAGGAAGCCUGGUGUUAAUGACAUUGUCAUUUUCAAGGCUCCUAAAAGCUUGCUAGAUAAAGGUUGCAGUCCUGAAGAAGUCUUUAUCAAGAGGGUAGUCGCAAUGGCAGGCGACCUAGUUCAGGUAAUCAACGGGAAGCUUGUCGUUAAUGGCCUCAUCCGGAUCGAAGACUUUACGGCGGAACCACUUUCGUAUGAUAUGGCCCCCGUAAAAAUACCAGAUGACCACGUUUUUGUCAUGGGAGAUAACAGAAACUACAGUUUCGAUUCUAGCGUCUGGGGUCCACUUCCCAACAAAGACAUUCUUGGACGCUCUGUGGUACGUUACUGGCCACUCGAACGUCUUGGCAGUACGGUUUUUGACGCAACUGAGCUGUUGAAGUCGUCCUUGCCUUUGCUGGAAUCGAAGGAGACUGCUAUUUCUUGACUUGGCAGCUCAAUGAUUAUUACCAAUUCACCUGGGCAGAUUGCCUAGCCAAUGUUAACUCAUAUUAUUCAUUGACCAUUACCACACAUGGAAUGGGGAGGUUACCCCUAUCACUCGGGUACCGCGAAACGAUGUUGGCCAAAUCAACUGGCCUAAUCAAAGCUCUCGAACAUCAGUUUGGAGACCUAUGAACAGCUGAUGAUCUCAGACACAACGCGACAUCAGUUAAGACAAGAUUGAUUCAAACCCUGAAAUCGAGGAGCGCCUCCCUUCAGAGUUUUAGAAAUCUUUCAUGAAGGAAUCGAUUGACCAUUUAAAAAAUCAACUCUCCUUGUGGAUCGUGAGAUGGGUGAAAAAUCAUGUCCACGGUCAACCCUAGGUCCUCAUGUUGACAAAGGAUCCUCAAUCGGGUCUCGAAAUUCCCUUACGGCACAAGAGCAGUUGAUGUCCUUCCAUCCUGUGAAUGAUGCGGGGGCCUCUUCACUGCAAAUUGUCACAUUGCGCCAUCGAAUUACCACUCAGGACGCUCAUGGAAAACCUUGAUCUCGAGGCUAUGCAGACUUGCCCGCUUACAAGUAAACAUGUAUGGGUGAAUGCUGCUCGGGAUUCAAGACCUAACGUUAGUCUUGUCUUUCGAUGCCUGAGCACGGCCAACUUUCAUAUGCUCAGGUUGCCUAUAUACCAGUGGUUACGGAAGUGGCUGAACUGUGUAGCAUCCAACGGUAGUCAUGUUGUCUGCUUUAGUAUUUGAAAUAGUAUUCAGUAAUACCCGCGUGUUGUUUUGAUUGCUUUUGUGGAUAUCUAUUGUAGACCAUACAACUUGGUCUUGUCAUAAACCUUGUAAUUAUUUGUAAAUAUAACUCACCCCUAUUCUCUCAGGGUUUUAGACUGUUGACAUGG